AUGCCCAGGGUGAAGCCAAAUGCGGAAGACCUUGUCAACGAAUUCGGUAGCGAAAUUUUCGUCCACGAAGAUGGGGAAGGCCCGCUGCGAGCUCCCGUACAGCGCAAAAUUGAAGUGAUGAACGAGCUGCGACGAGGCUUCAGCAAGAGGGAAGUCGCCUCGAGAUUUUCGGUAAGCAAAACUCAAAUUCAUGGCAUUGCCAGGAACCAGGAUACUCUGCUCGAAGAAUGGGCGAGUUUUUCCUCCGGGAAGAGCAGGAGACGACGUCAGAUGCCAAAGCACAAAGACUUAGAUGAGCACGUCAUGGAUUGGUUCAGAAGAGUAACCGAGAAACGUAUCCCGGUUAGUGGGAUGAUGCUCAAGGAAAAGGCAAAACUCUUCGCGCUCGAAGCUGGCCUCGAAACAUUCUCCGCAAGCAAUGGUUGGCUUGAAAGCUUCCGGAGAAGACACAACAUUGUCUUCAAGACUCUCUGUGGUGAGGGAGGAGGCGUUGAUGGAGGCGUUGUCAGUGAUUGGACUCGGAGGCUGCCCGAGCUAAUUAAAGAAUACGGAGCCAAGGACAUAUUCAACAUGGACGAGACCGGGUUGUUUUUUAGGGCACUUCCUAACAAAUCACUGAUCGAACGAGGUAAAGAGUUUCAAGGCGGCAAGAUGGCGAAGGAGAGACUUUCUAUCGCCUUAUGUUGUAGUGCCACCGGGGAGAAGUUUCAACCCCUGGCCAUAUGGAAAGCUCUGAACCCUCGAUGUUUUAAAGGACACGAUGUGAAAAGGCUCGGUGUUUUCCGGGAGGCGAACGCUAAGGCUUGGAUGACAACCAGCAUUUUCGAGAGCUGGCUCUCGAAGUUUGAUGCGCAUAUGGAACGGCAAAACAGAAGAGUUCUGCUCAUGCUCGACAACGCACCGUGCCAUGGACGUCGCUCUCUGAGUCACGUUAAGCUCCUCUUUCUUCCGCCCAAUGUAACGAGUGAAUUGCAACCACUAGACCAAGGCAUCAUUCAGGCGUUCAAACUGCAGCAUCGGGGUCUGAUGCUCGAAUGGAUCUUGUCAAAAAUGGACAAUUGUCAGACUGCUACUGAGCUUUCGAAGAAAAUUAACGUCCUCGAGGCUAUUCAGUGGGUUAGUCGAGCAUGGAAGAGCGUUAAAGAAGAGACGAUUGUGGGAUGCUUCCGACGUUGCGGAAUCAAAGAUGAUGCGGUUGAUGACGAAGAGAAUGUUCCGAUAGAUGACGACCCGUACAACGGCGACGAAUUGCCUCGAUUGUGCCUCGCGGUCGGCUUGGAUGAUCCUCAUUUCGCGGAAGACUUGGACUGUUUCUCUGUCGCAGCAGAUCCAUGCCCCGAGGUCGAAGAAUUGGAAACUUCGUUCCGUGAAGAAGAAGAGACCGUUGAUGAGACGGUGAGAGAUCCACCGACUGCAGACGCAGCUUUGCUUGCCGUGGAAACUCUGAAGUUGCUAGCUUUGUCGUCGGACGUAUUUUCGGAGAGAACACAGAAUGCCCUCUUCGAUUGCGAAAAGCAAAUACAGGACUACAUCAUCUCAGAGAAGCGAAAAAAGUUAGCGCCAGAGUUCCUUAGAUGCUCACUUGUCGACGUCUGA